ACCACCGCUUCUGUGUCUCUCUCUACCAUUAUUCUAACAAGUGAAAGACGAAGAAGAGAGAAUCAGACGCAAAAAUGGCGACUCUUUCGUCCUCUCUAUUAUCUUCUUCUCCUCUAUGCAAAUCCAGAUUCUCCCCAUCGAGAACUGUCUUCAUCUCUUUCUCCCCUCGAAGAACUCUCUCCGUCGCCUCGCCGGCGAUUCUCUCUCUCUCCGUCAAACAUCAUCGCUGCAGAAACUCUUUCCAAGUGAGAUCGGUAGCUAGUCCGGCGGAGACGGCGUCGGAGUUCGAUGAGAUGGUCUCCGGGACGAAGAGGAAGUAUUACAUGCUCGGAGGAAAAGGAGGAGUGGGGAAAACUAGCUGCGCUGCUUCUUUGGCUGUGAGGUUUGCUAACAAUGGUCACCCAACUCUUGUUGUCUCCACUGAUCCAGCUCAUUCAUUGAGUGACUCCUUUGCUCAGGACUUGACUGGAGGAAUGCUUGUGCCUGUUGAAGGACCUGAAUCUCCUUUGUUUGCUCUUGAAAUAAACCCUGAGAAGGCUAGAGAGGAGUUUCGUAGUGCCUCUCAGGCGAAUGGAGGGACUGGGGUUAAAGAUUUUAUGGAUGGUAUGGGUCUUGGGAUGCUUGUUGAACAGUUGGGGGAACUAAAACUUGGUGAGUUGCUUGACGCACCGCCUCCUGGAUUGGAUGAAGCCAUUGCCAUUUCUAAGGUUAUUCAGUUUUUGGAAUCACCUGAGUAUAACAUGUUCACCAGGAUUGUGUUUGACACUGCACCAACGGGUCACACGCUGAGGCUACUCUCCUUACCAGACUUCCUGGACGCGUCCAUAGGUAAAAUCUUGAAGCUUAGGCAGAAAAUAACCUCAGCUACCUCAGCAAUCAAAUCAGUCUUUGGGAAAGAAGAUAACAAGCCUGAUGCUGCUGACAAAUUGGAACGGCUAAGAGAGAGGAUGGUUAAAGUUAGAGAGCUUUUUCGUGACACAGAGUCAACAGAGUUUGUCAUUGUCACUAUCCCCACGGUAAUGGCUGUCAGCGAGUCUUCUAGAUUAAGUGCUUCGUUGAAGAAAGAAAGUGUCCCCGUCAAAAGACUUGUUGUUAAUCAGAUUCUCCCACCAUCCUCUUCUGACUGCAAAUUUUGUUCGAUAAAAAGAAAGGACCAAAUGCGAGCUCUUGAUAUGAUCAGGGAGGAUUCAGAACUCUCAGGUUUGACAUUAAUGCAGGCUCCGCUUGUAGACAUGGAGAUCAGAGGUGUUCCUGCUCUGCGCUUCUUGGGAGAUAUCAUUUGGAAAUGAGAAGAAGAAGCAAAGUUCAGUUGUAUUGAGAUAGUAGUGUUGUUUACUACAACUUACAUUACAUUAGUUUUGGGACAGAUGUACGAAUUGUCCUUAAAAAGAAUAAACUAUAUUGCAAUUCUUGGGGAGUCAAGAUAUUUACAA